GUUACACUACGAUCUUGAAUGAUGCAAUGCCGCGAUACUACUUUGCUACAGUACACAUACAUAUGCAAGGCGGCGUAGAGCUGUAAACAGCACUACCGUACCUAGAAUCAACAUGGAUUGGAGUCUGGAACAACGGUACGCCAGGAAUAUACGUUACUGACCGGGCCAAGGUACCCAACAGCACGCCUGAUUCUAUAAGCUACAAUACACAUUAUUCUCGUUCCUCUCGGAGUAAUUCAAUUGUCUAUCUCUAAUGUGCUAGAAACUAGACCGCGGUCUUUACCUACAUCUCUGUGCUGUCACCAGCCACUUGCGCUACGCGAGAUAUUCGCGAUGGAAGAAGACUGGGCCAGUAUGACCGAUCCGAAAGAGAAGAAACGGAUUCAGAACCGCAUAGCUCAACGUGCACACCGGGAGAAGCUGAAGUCACGCAUCCGCCAGCUAGAGGAGCAGCUUGAAAGCGUCGCUGGCGUUUCGGCACAAAACGACAUCCCAAAGCCAUUGUCCUCAUAUGAUGAUCCAACAUCUGCGUUUGCAAUAGCAGGCAGUUUAUCAACAACAAAUUUCGAGCCUAGAUCAGACAGAUUGUGUGCAAAUUCCAGUGACAUUACAUUCACUGGCAAUCAUGCUCCACAUUCACUCUUGGGGUUCGACACCACAGUCGAGAUGGGGUUCAAUGCGAACCCACAAAGUAGCAUUGUAUCUCAGCUAGAUUCACUAUCCCGGAAUCCAGUGCAGAUGCAACCCGUAGAUCUCGAAUGGCUCCUAGCAGAUCCGGCCACAUCGGGAGUCGUGCUAGAACGCAGACAAUUCGAUCCCUCGUCAAUGGAAAGAGGACACAAAAGUCCAGACCAAAAUCAACAUCAGAACCGAAAUCAUCUCAGUCACUCAGAUCACGUUAGAGCCAGUGGCAAUGGCGGUCAGUCAGCUCACAGGAUAACAACAGCGCCAACAUCACAAAGUACUGAAAGCCAACGCGUGCUGAAAUCUGAUGUCACAAAACUGGAGCGACUCAGUCUCCUAGUAAAAUGCAGCAGACGUCUCGGCUUCAGCGAUCUGAAUGAAGCGUUGUCAGUCUACUACACUUCAGACCUGAGCAAAUCAGCGAUACUGGCACAUGAGCAGUCACUUGAUCGAGUUAGACAACUCCCCAGCUUCCUAUCCGACAUUAGAGAGCAUUCGAAGCACUGGCCAACUUGGGAGCGGACUAACUACGUGAGAGAAACGCUAAGGAGCGCGGAAGACAUAUAUGUCGAGGAAUGUAGACUAGCGAGGAUGCAUCUGCGGGAUCAAGGCAUUGUAGGCCUGACACAAAAAAAACCCCAAGUUGAUCAGGUGUUUCAGAUCACACGUAUCCUACAAAAUGAGAUUCCAAAUACUUGGGCCUUGAUCACAAGCAUUAUCCUACGCACAGUUAUGCCUGAUGAGCCUCAACAACCACAGGUCAUCUUGAUGGUCAUGAUGCUAUUGUGUUACCGUAGCCAGGAUCCUACCACAAUACUUGGUCUUUGCCAAGAGCAUGGGGCCGAUCUUCUCCGUUAGACAGUCAGACGAGUAGUUAGAGCUUAUUCGUAAAUGAUAGAAUAUUUCAUCGAUCU